AUGGUCUCAGCCUACAAGUACGAUCUCACCAAAUUCCAGCUCUUCCAAUCCACCGUGAAAGCACUAAACCGUAAGACAAUGGAAGCCAUCGAAGAAGUCUAUUACAAGUCACUGCGCGACCCCGACGAAGGAUACUCCACACUCCGCUACAUCGAUCUCAUUGUCCACCUCAACAAACAGUAUGGAAAGCUAACCAAUGAUGAUCCCAACAAAAACUUUGAAAGAAUGAACGCGAAAUGGACACCUACACAGCCCAUUGAGCAACUCUUCCAUCAAAUCGAUGAUGCCGUCUCCUUUUCCAAGGACCAUGGCCCCAUCAGUGCAAAAGCUACCGUUCAUUCGGCACAAAAAAACCUCGAAAACAGUUGCGUCUUCCCUCUGGCUGUCAAAGAUUGGCGCAACAAACUCAAAGAAGUCCAGACUUGGGCCAACUUCCAAGUACCACCAAAGAACCACCAAAUGAACCCCUUCCUCAUCAAAGGAGACUGCAGCACAUACAUGUCGUACUGCUUCUCCCAUGGCAUCCAAUGGGACCUCAACCACAAUAGCUUCACCUGCUGGAAAAUGGAUUCAUGCAUAAUUUUCCAGGCCUGA